AUGUCCGGACAUCCGCAGGGAGGCCACUACGACGAUGGCUACGGCCAGGCUCCUGCCCAGGGCCAUGGCCAGCAAGGCCAGGACGCAUAUUAUCACGAUGACCAGUACGCCCAGUAUCAUGAUGACCGCUCUCACGGCCAGUAUGCUCAGGGCCAGCACGGUGACGCCUAUUACGAUGAGUCAGCUUAUUACGAUGGCCAGCACGGCGGCCAAUACCAACAAAAUGGCUACUACGACGACCGAGGCCAGCAGGGCUACCAGGACGAGUACUACUCUGACCAGUACUACGACCAAGGUGGCGCGCAUGAUGGUCAACCUCCCCGCCGCCGCAAUGAUUCCGAGGAAGACUCUGAGACCUUCAGUGACUUCACGAUGCGCUCCGACAUGGCUCGUGCUACCGACAUGGACUACUACGGCCGUGGCGACGAGCGCUACAACAGCUACGCUGAAGGAAACCGCGGAUAUCGCCCUCCCUCGUCUCAAGUUUCUUACGGGGGCAACCGCUCCUCUGGUGCUUCGACCCCAAUCUACGGCAUGGACUAUUCCAACGCUCUGCCCGCUGGUCAGCGAUCUCGCGAGCCCUACCCGGCCUGGACUGCUGAAGCUCAGAUUCCUUGCACAAAGGAGGAGAUUGAGGACAUCUUCCUCGAUCUGACCGCCAAGUUCGGCUUCCAGCGUGACAGCAUGCGGAACAUGUACGACCACUUGAUGACUCUGCUCGAUUCACGUGCAUCCCGCAUGUCGCCCAACCAGGCGCUGCUGUCUCUCCACGCCGACUACAUCGGCGGUGAGAAUGCCAACUACCGCCGCUGGUACUUUGCGGCCCAUCUUGAUCUGGACGACGCGGUUGGCUUCGCUAACAUGAACCUUGGAAAGGCCAACCGCCGAACUCGCAAGGCUCGCAAAGCUGCAAAGGCCAAGGCGGCCGCUGAGGGCGGUAACGAGCAAGAGACACUCGAUGCUUAUGAGGGAGAUAACAGCCUCGAGGCUGCUGAAUACCGCUGGAAGACUCGGAUGAACCGCAUGUCGCAGCACGACCGUGUGCGCCAGAUUGCGCUCUACCUCCUCUGCUGGGGUGAAGCCAACCAGGUCCGUUUCAUGCCUGAGCUCACGUGCUUCAUUUUCAAGUGCGCCGAUGACUACCUCAACUCGCCAGCUGGCCAGGCUCAAACCGAGCCAGUUGAAGAGCUGACUUACCUCAACAACAUCAUCACGCCCCUCUACCAGUACUGCCGUGACCAAGGUUACGAGAUUCAAGAUGGCAAGUACGUUCGUCGCGAGCGUGAUCACGCGGCCAUUAUUGGUUACGACGACAUGAACCAGCUGUUCUGGUACCCUGAGGGUCUUGAGCGCAUUGUUUUCGAGGACAAGUCUCGCCUGGUCGACAUUCCUCCGGCUGAGCGAUACCUGAAGCUCAAGGAUGUCGUUUGGAAGAAGGUGUUCUUCAAGACGUACUAUGAGCGCCGUUCUUGGUUCCACAUGGUUAUCAACUUCAACCGUAUCUGGGUCAUUCACUUGUGUUCUUUCUGGUUCUACACCGUCGCCAACUCCCAGCCAGUCUACACCAAGAACUACCAGCAACAGUUGAACCAGUCGCCAGAAAAGGCAGCCACCCUGUCCGCCGUCGCUCUGGGAGGUGGUCUCGCUUCGUUCAUUCAAAUCUUUGCUACCAUUUGCGAGUGGUGCUACGUCCCUCGUAAAUGGGCAGGUGCUCAGCACUUGACCAAGCGUCUCCUCUUCCUCCUCCUCGUCUUCGUUGUCAACGUCGCUCCUAGCGUUUACAUCUUUGGCUUGGACAAGCGCACUGGUACCAUCGCGAACGUUCUCAGCGGUGUUCAGCUCGCUAUUGCUCUCGUUACCUACGUCUUCUUCUCAGUCAUGCCUAUUGGCGGUCUCUUCGGUAGCUACCUGACACGCAACUCUCGCAAGUAUGUUGCCAGUCAGACUUUCACUGCUAGCUACCCCCGCCUCACUGGUAAUGACAUGUGGAUGUCCUAUGGUCUGUGGGUCCUUGUCUUUGCGGCCAAGCUGGCUGAGUCUUACUUCUUCUUGACUCUGUCCAUCAAGGAUCCCAUUCGUAUCCUUUCCCACAUGCAGAAGCCCAACUGCUUGGGAGAUGCCAUCCUUAAGGACAUGCUUUGCAAGUACCAACCUCGAAUCCUGCUCGGUCUCAUGUACUUCAUGGACUUGAUUCUCUUCUUCUUGGACUCCUACCUGUGGUACAUCAUUGCCAACAUGUUGUUCUCCGUCUCUCGCUCCUUCUACCUUGGUGUGUCCAUCUGGACUCCUUGGAGGAACAUCUUCUCUCGUCUGCCAAAGCGUAUCUACUCAAAGGUCCUGGCAACGACUGACAUGGAGAUCAAGUACAAGCCCAAGGUUCUCAUCUCGCAGAUUUGGAACGCCAUUGUCAUCUCCAUGUACCGCGAGCAUCUCCUCGCCAUUGACCACGUCCAGAAGCUUCUGUACCACCAGGUUCCAUCUGAGCAAGAGGGCAAGCGCACCCUUCGUGCACCUACCUUCUUCGUGUCCCAAGAAGAUCACUCGUUCAAGACCGAGUUCUUCCCAGCACAGAGUGAAGCUGAGCGUCGUAUCUCUUUCUUCGCCCAGUCUUUGUCCACUCCCAUCCCGGAGCCUCUCCCUGUCGACAACAUGCCUACUUUCACCGUCCUGAUUCCCCACUACGGUGAGAAGAUCUUGUUGUCUCUCCGUGAGAUUAUCCGUGAGGAUGAGCCCUACUCCCGUGUCACCCUUCUCGAGUACCUCAAGCAACUCUACCCUCACGAGUGGGACUGCUUCGUCAAGGACACCAAGAUUCUCGCCGAUGAAACCUCUCAGUUUAACGGCGAUGAUGAGAAGAACGAGAAGGAUACCGCUAAGAGCAAGAUUGACGAUCUUCCCUUCUACUGCAUUGGUUUCAAGUCUGCCGCUCCCGAAUACACGCUCCGAACUCGUAUUUGGGCCUCUCUUCGUUCCCAGACUCUUUACCGUACCAUCUCUGGUUUCAUGAACUACAGCCGUGCCAUCAAGCUUUUGUACCGUGUCGAGAACCCCGAGGUCGUCCAGAUGUUCGGUGGCAACUCUGACAAGCUGGAGCGCGAACUCGAGCGCAUGGCCAGGCGCAAGUACAAGAUUUGCGUGUCUAUGCAGCGUUACGCCAAGUUCAACAAGGAGGAACGCGAGAACACCGAGUUCCUUCUCCGUGCCUACCCUGACCUGCAAAUUGCCUACCUUGAUGAAGAGCCACCUGCGACUGAGGAUGAAGAGCCUCGCAUCUACUCUGCUCUGAUUGACGGUCACUCUGAGAUCAUGGAGAAUGGCAUGCGUCGUCCCAAGUUCCGCAUUCAACUCUCUGGCAACCCUAUUCUCGGUGACGGCAAGUCUGACAACCAGAACCACUCUAUCAUCUUCUACCGUGGAGAGUACAUCCAGCUUAUCGACGCCAACCAGGACAACUACCUUGAGGAGUGUCUCAAGAUCCGCAGCGUAUUGGCCGAGUUCGAGGAGUUGACCACUGACAAUGUCUCGCCCUACACCCCUGGCCUUCCCAACACCAACUUCAACCCGGUCGCCAUUCUCGGAGCUCGUGAAUACAUUUUCUCUGAGAACAUUGGUAUCCUUGGUGACAUUGCUGCCGGAAAGGAACAGACAUUCGGUACUAUGUUUGCUCGUACUUUGGCUCAAAUCGGUGGCAAGCUCCAUUACGGUCAUCCUGAUUUCCUUAACGGUAUCUUCAUGACUACCCGUGGUGGUGUCUCCAAGGCGCAAAAGGGUCUUCAUCUGAACGAAGAUAUUUACGCUGGUAUGUCCGCUCUUCUCCGUGGUGGUCGCAUCAAGCACUGCGAGUACUACCAGUGUGGUAAGGGUCGUGAUCUUGGUUUUGGCUCCGUUCUCAACUUCACGACCAAGAUUGGUACUGGUAUGGGUGAACAGAUGUUGUCCCGCGAGUACUACUACUUGGGUACGCAACUGCCUCUUGACCGCUUCCUGUCCUUCUACUACGCCCACGCCGGUUUCCACGUCAACAACAUGUUCAUUAUGUUGUCGGUCCAGUGCUUCAUGUUCGUCCUCAUCAACCUUGGUGCCCUUAACCACGAGAUCAUUCUCUGCCAGUUCAACAAGGACAUCCCCAUCACGGACCCGCAAUGGCCCAAUGGCUGUGCUAACCUUGUUCCUGUCUUUGACUGGGUCGCUCGUUGUAUCGUCUCCAUCUUCAUUGUGUUCUUCAUUUCGUUCGUUCCCCUCGUGGUUCAAGAACUGACUGAACGUGGUUUCUGGCGUUCCGCGACGCGUCUGGCCAAGCACUUUGCUUCUGGAUCGCCUUUCUUCGAGGUUUUCGUCACCCAGAUCUACGCCAAUGCCCUCCACACCAACUUGUCAUAUGGUGGUGCUCGUUACAUUGGUACUGGUCGUGGUUUUGCCACAGCACGUAUCCCAUUCGGUAUUCUCUUCUCUCGAUUUGCCGGUCCGUCCAUCUACAUUGGUGCUCGUUCCUUGAUGAUGAUCAUCUUCGCUUCCAUCACCGUCUGGGGACCAUGGCUCAUCUACUUCUGGGCAUCCACGCUAUCUCUGUGCCUUGCGCCUUUCCUCUUCAACCCCCACCAGUUCUCUUGGGACGACUUCUUCAUCGACUACAGGGAGUACCUCCGCUGGCUGUCUCGAGGCAAUACCCGUUCGCACAGCGCUUCUUGGAUUGGAUACUGCCGUCUCUCUCGUACGCGUAUCACUGGUUUCAAGCGCAAGGCUCUUGGUGACCCCUCUGCCAAGCUUUCUGGCGAUGUUCCUCGUGCCAACUUCACCAACAUCUUCUUCAGCGAGGUUCUCGGUCCUCUAGUCUUGGUUGCCAUCACCGUUGUGCCUUACCUGUUCAUCAACGCUCAAACCGGUGUCACUGACAAGCGCGAUACUUCCAAGGAGCCCGCCGGUCUUCCUGACCCAAAGCCAACUGGUGCCUUGGUCCGCAUUGGUAUCAUUGCCUUAGGUCCCGUGGCUGUCAACGCUGGUGUUCUUGGUGGCAUGUUUGCUCUGGCUUGUUGUGCGGGUCCCCUGCUCAGCAUGUGCUGCAAGAAGUUUGGUGCGGUCCUUGCUGCCAUCGCUCACGCCAUUGCCGUCAUUGUACUCCUCGUCUUCUUCUUGGUCUUGAUGUUCCUUGAGGGUUUCAGCUUCCCCAGAGCCCUAUCUGGUAUGAUCGCUGUCGUCGCCAUCCAGCGAUUCUUCUUCAAGCUCAUCAUCGUCCUGGCGUUGACCCGUGAGUUCAAGGCCGACACUGCCAACAUUGCCUGGUGGACUGGAAAGUGGUACACUAUGGGAUGGCACACCAUCUCCCAGCCUGGCCGUGAAUUCCUCUGCAAGAUCACCGAGCUUGGUUUCUUUGCUGCUGACUUCAUUCUUGGCCACUGCCUCUUGUUCUUUAUGCUGCCCAUGUUGCUUGUUCCUUAUGCCGACACAUUCCACUCGGUUAUGCUCUUCUGGCUCCGACCAAGUCGUCAAAUUCGCCCUCCAAUCUACUCGCUCAAGCAGACCAAGCUUCGCAAGCGCCGCGUUGUCCGCUAUGCCAUUCUGUACUUUGUCAUCCUUGUCGUGUUCCUCGCAUUGAUCAUUGGUCCUAUUGUUGGCGCCAAGUUCAUCACGAUCCCAGCCAGCCUUGGAAAUUCUCUUCCCAUGGAGAUUAUGCAACCCACUGGCUACAACAAUAACGACACGACGACAAGUACGACUGGCAGGUGUAUCCGCGGUGCAUGCCCGGUAUGGAACGGCGGCGACGCCGACUCGACGGGAGGUGGUGGUGGAGCCGCCGCCACCGAUACUGCUGCCCGCCGAUUCCGUCGGUACAUGGCAUACUAAAAAAGUACAAUUUGUGGAUCCUUGUUUACUACCUUUGCACCUUGUAUUGUACGACAUGGGCGAAGCAUGAGCGUGAUUACCAAUUUUUGGGUCCUGUAAUGACUGUAAUAUUCGGGUCGAGCGUUCGAUUUCAUCUUUCUGAUUGGGCGUUUGGUGGCAGGCAUGGAAGUGUCCAUAGCCCUGCUUUCUCUCUUUUUGAACAAUCAUGUCUGCUUCCGCAGCAGGCUUGACUGCACAUACACUACAAAUGGGGGUUGUUUUGGUUCAUCAUGGGCAGGCGAAUAUAUUAGAAAGCGAAAUGCAUUACUGUUGAAUAUUU